UUUCCUUCAAUUACAAUCUUUUCUUCUUUUCUUUUCUUUUCUUCGCUGAUGUUUUAAUUAGACAGACCCCAUUCUCCAUAUAUUCAUUCAUUUUUAUUAAUUCAAUAUAUCUGUUAUCGGUAUAUAUCAUCACAAACCAUCAUCAUCAACAAUCAAAAAACAGUUAUAUAUCAUUUCGUAUAACUUAUGUCUUCUAAUACGAGCUAUUACCGAUCGCCGUUCGGAGACACGACCUUCACGAAAGUGUUCGUCGGAGGCUUAGCAUGGGAGACACCAACCGAGGAAAUGCGUCGUUACUUCGAUCAGUUCGGAGAGAUUCUUGAAGCAGUCAUCAUCACGGACAAGACCACAGGAAAAUCUAAAGGCUAUGGUUUCGUCACGUUUCGUGAGCCAGACUCAGCGACUAGAGCAGUGGCCGAUCCAAAUCCUGUGAUCGAUGGAAGAAAGGCAAAUUGCAAUAUUGCGUCUUUUGGACGGCCACGACCAUCGACGCCUAGAGGGAGAGGACAAGGAGGAAGCCCUAGUCAGUAUCAAGGCGGGGGACAAUCAGGCUAUACCGGAAUGGCUGCUCCGCUGCAGCAGGCUGCGACUGCCCAGCUCAUGUAUCCGCCGUACGGGUACACCUACAAUUCUGAAUAUGGGUACCCCCAAGCAUUAUACAACACACAACUCCAACAAGCACAAUACUAUCAACAGCAAAUGUACGGUGGAGGGGCAACAUCACCAUCGUCAUCCAAUAUCAUGCCUUCUCCUUACUAUUACUUCCAAGCUCCGAGCCCUAGACCAUAUCCUCAUCAACAUCACCAACAUUAUGCUCAUCAUAUUCAUCAGCAGCAGCAACAGCAACGCUUACCUUCAACCUCUUCUUACCUAAUCUACCCAUACAAUUCCGAGGCUCCUACUACUUCCUCUAAUGCCCCUCCUUCCCAAGAGCCAAUAUCUUCUUCCACUGAAUCACAAGCAACAACACAUCAAGUCUCAGGAGAAGGAGGAGAAUUCGAUGCAAGGGAUGCACCUGAAAGUGCAACAACGAACAGAGAGUUGACAUCAUCUUCGUGAUCAAGUUCAUCUUGCACAAUCUUUUGACAUUUUUUACGCUCUCUUUCUCUUCAUCCAAGGAAGAGAAAAAGCUAAUUCGUUUAUUUUCUCAACCAAAUCCAUGUAUGUCUUAACAUGACUGCCAAAAUAAAGAUGGCUUUAUCCAUUUUCAUGUUUUCUUUCUUUUUCUUCUAACGCAAUAAUAUAAUAAGUCGACUUUGAUA